AUGGCUAUCCAAGGUUGCGCCGCCAAGCUAUCCACAAGACCCAAGACCAGGUCUGGCCAACUCAAGACUGAUUGCCGUAUCUUACGGCGUACCGCGAGCCAUAUCCCUUCCGCUCCACGGUCGACCUCCGCAGAGCUCCACCAGAUUUGGAUUUGGACUGGUCACAGCAACGAUACAACAUUGGAGCAACGAGUCAUAAACAGACAAUCAAGGUAA